CUACCGCCAUUGGUUGGGGGGCAAAGCCCGCCAUCUACACAAGCGGCGGCUCGCUGUUUGUGUGUUCCUUGAAGACAUGGACUGGGAGCACUUGGAUUUGAAUCCUCAAGUCACUGCCUCCCUUAAUAAGGCAAACAUCAAAUCUGUGGCCGACAUCUUAACUUACUCCGUGGUGGAUCUGCAGAGAAUUACCCAUCUGUCCAUCCCCGAUGUCCAGCACAUACAGAAAGCAGCCGCUGUUACUUUGCAAAAGGAUAAAAAAGUGAUUACAGCGUUGCAGUUAUACAGGGACAAGGACGGAUUCCCAACCCAGCACCAGAAGCUGAGCCUCGGCUGCAGCAUCUUGAAUCAUUUCCUGCGAGGGGGGGUCCCCAUAGUGGGCAUUACAGAACUGGCUGGAGAAAGCUCCGCAGGGAAAACCCAGAUAGCUUUGCAGCUGUGCCUGUCUGUGCAGUACCCCGCAGAGUAUGGAGGUCUUGGAGCAGGGGCUGUGUACAUCUGCACAGAAGACUCCUUUCCAAGCAAGCGACUGCAGCAGUUGAUUAAAUCCCAGCACAAACUGAGAUCGGACGUCCCGCUCGACAUCACUCGCAGCAUCCGAUUUGGAGAUAGAAUUUAUAUCGAGCACGCAGCCGAUAUAGACAUGCUCACUGACUGCAUUACUAAGAAACUUCCCAUCCUCCUCCGCCGCGGUCAGAUUCGCCUGAUAGUCAUUGACUCUAUUGCGGCUUUGUUUCGCUGCGAAUUUGCUGCCAAGGACGCUGCCCUAAAAGCAAAGCAUCUGCAGUCCCUCGGGGCCAAACUCCACCAUCUCAGCACCAGCUUCUCAGCACCUGUAUUCUGCAUCAAUCAGGUCACGGACACCAUGAAGGAGGCAGACUCUGUCCCGAGUCACUUGGGGUUACAAGGUAAAAAGGUGCAGCCAGCUCUGGGAAUCUCCUGGUCCAACCAGCUACUGAUCAGGCUUAUGGUCUCUCGGACACAGAUGAUGGCGCCUUCACCGCAUACCGGCGGUGUUUUACGGACUAUGGAAGUCAUUUUUGCACCUCAUAUUCCUCCGUCUACUUGUUACUACACUGUAGACCUGGAAGGAGUGAAGGGCAUUGACACCACAUGAACCCUUUACACAUCGGCCCAGGAAAUAUAACCUACAGUACACGGCCCAUUAGGUAAAAGAAACUGUAAGGAGUCAGAGAAGUUUCCAAGUAAUGGGCCUAUGUCUACAGCAGUCCGCCAGCUCCGACCCCCCCCCCCAGUGUUAGACUAUUGUUUUUGAGGGACACUUAUAUUAGGGGGACAUUUAAAGGGCAUCUGUCAGCAGUUUUGUACCUAUGACACUGGCUGACCUGUUGCAUGUGCGUUUGGCAGCUUAAGGCACCUGUGUUGGUCCCAUGUUCAUAUGUGCCCGCAUUACUGAGAAAAAAAAUAUGUUUUGAUAUAUGCAAAUGAGCCUCUAGGAGCAACAGGGGCGUUGCCAUUACACCUAGAGGCUCUGCUCUCUCUGCAACUGCCACGCCCCCUGCACUCUGAUUGGCAGAGACAGGCAGUGGAAACAUGAUCACGCCUGGCCCUGUCAAUCAAAGUGGACAGGGAGCAGCAGUUGCAGAGAGACCAGAACCUCUAGGUGUAACGGCAACACCCCCAUUGCUCCUAGAGGCUCAUUUGCAUAUAUUUUAAAACAUUUUUCUUAGCAAUGCCGACACAGAUGCCUUCAGCUGCCAAGUGCACAUGUAACAGGUCAGCCAGUGUCAUAGGUACAAAACUGCUGACAGAUGCCCUGUAACAUUCCAGGAUUUAUGGUCAUGACCUCCUCGCUGCCGCACUUUAACGUAUGUAAUAAAUAUACAGCAAAAAGCAACCAACUUGUCUUUUAUUUUAUUGUUUAACAAUUAUCAAGG